GGAGCCUUAAACUUGUUUCUGCACUUAUAUGUAUAUAUAUAUAUAUAUAUGUAUAUAGAAACUGACCCCCCCCCCAAAAAAACAAAAAACUACGAGAGCCCAUCGUCGUAGCCUAAUGCCAGUUUUUCCAUGAGGAUUUGCGGGACGAGUGAGCGAUCCUUUAAUUCAGGAAGAAGAAGAAGAAGAACAGAAGGAGAGGAGGAGGAGGGGGGGCGCAGCAAUCAUGAAAGUCGCGGAGAAAACGCAAGAAAGAAAGAAGCUAGGCGUCUACAGGCGCUGAGGAAACGACGCGCCUCGGUAAUAAGAAGUGUCCCGUGAGGAGAGGCGACCAGGAUGGGGAUGGACCUCAGCACUCUGCGGACCCUCAUCAGCAGAUACUGUGUUGGUGAGGAGAACUGGGUAGACAACAGAACAGUUUACAUCGGACACAAGGAGCCCCCCCCAGGAGCUGAGGCCUAUAUACUUCAAAGAUACCCCGAUAACAGAAUUGUCUCUUCCAAGUACACGUUCUUGAAUUUCGUCCCCAAGAAUCUGUUUGAGCAGUUCAGAAGAAUCGCCAACUUCUACUUCCUCAUCAUAUUCCUGGUUGAAUUGAUCAUUGACACCCCCACCAGUCCCAUCACCAGCGGACUGCCGCUCUUCUUCGUCAUCACAGUCACUGCCAUUAAACAGGGCUAUGAGGACUGGUUGAGGCACAAAGCAGACAAUGCCGUAAAUCAAUGUCCUGUUCACGUGGUGCAGCACGGGAAGGUGGUCCGCAAACAGAGCCGCAAACUCAGGGUAGGGGACGUCGUCAUGGUUAAAGAAAAUGAGACGUUUCCCUGUGACCUCAUCCUGCUCUCCUCCUCACGGGACGAUGGGACCUGCUACGUCACCACAGCUAGCCUGGACGGAGAGAGCAGCCACAAGACAUACUAUGCAGUUCAGGACACCAAGGCCUUCAAAACUGAAGAGGAUGUAGACUCCAUACAGGCCACAAUAGAAUGUGAACAACCACAACCUGACCUCUACAAAUUUGUGGGCCGUGUCAACAUCUACAUGGACAGUGAACCGGUGGCCAGGCCACUUGGAGCAGAGAACCUGCUUCUCAGAGGAGCCACCCUGAAAAAUACAGAGUAUAUCUACGCGGUCGCCAUCUACACAGGCAUGGAAACCAAGAUGGCACUCAACUACCAGUCUAAAACUCAGAAACGAUCAGCGGUUGAAAAGUCAAUGAACGCCUACCUGGUGGUAUACCUGUGCAUCCUCAUCAGCAAGGCCUUCAUCAACACUGUGCUGAAGUACGUCUGGCAGGCCGACCCCAACAGAGACGAGCCCUGGUACAAUGAGAGGACCAAGGCUGAGAGACAGAGACACAUAGUGAUCAGGGCCUUCACUGACUUCCUGGCCUUCAUGGUCCUAUUCAACUACAUCAUUCCCGUUUCCAUGUACGUUACCGUAGAGAUGCAGAAGUUCCUGGGCUCCUACUUCAUCAUGUGGGAUGACGAGAUGUUUGACGAGGAGCUGGGAGAGAGAGCUGUGGUCAACACGUCAGACCUGAACGAGGAACUGGGACAGGUGGAGUAUGUGUUCACAGACAAGACAGGCACCCUGACGGAGAACAACAUGGAGUUCAUAGAGUGCUGUGUGGAUGGACAUGUCUACGUACCUCAUGUCAUCUGCAACGGACAGAUAAUGCCAGAUGCAGCAAGUAUGGACAUGAUCGACUCAUCGCCAGGACCUGGGGCCAGGGAAAGCGAGGAGCUGUUCUUCCGGGCCCUGUGUCUGUGUCACACGGUGCAGGUGAAAGAGGAGGAGACGGUUGAUGGCAUCAAACAAGGCAUCCACCAGGGCAAAGCCACCUCCUUCUACAUCUCAUCAUCUCCAGACGAAGUAGCCCUUGUGGAGGGCAUGAAGAGGCUUGGUUUUACCUACCUGAGACUCAAGGACAGCCACAUGGAGAUCCUCAACAGAGAAGAUGAGAUUGAGAGGUUUGAGCUCCUGGAUGUGUUAACCUUCGACUCAGUCAGGCGCAGGAUGAGUGUCAUUGUCAGGAGCAGCACUGGUGAAGUCUACCUGUUCUGCAAGGGGGCAGACUCCUCCAUCUUCCCCAGGGUCAUAUCAGGCAAGGUGGAGCAGGUCAGAGCCAGAGUGGAGCACAACGCAGUGGAGGGUCUGAGGACGCUGUGUGUGGCUUAUCGCCGGCUGAGCCCCGACCAGUACCAGGAGGUAUGCCACCUGCUGAGCAGCGCCAAGCUGGCCCUGCAGGAGAGAGACAAGCGGCUGGCAGAGGCCUACGACCAGAUAGAGAAGGACCUCAUACUGCUGGGAGCCACGGCGGUGGAGGACAGACUCCAGGAGAAGGCUGCAGAUACCAUCGAGUCCCUCCACAAGGCCGGCAUGAAGGUGUGGGUCCUGACCGGCGACAAGAUGGAGACGGCGGCGGCGACAUGCUAUGCCAGCAAGCUAUUCCGGCGCAGCACCCAGAUCCUGGAGCUGACCACCAAGCGCACCGAGGAGCAGAGUCUGCACGACGUCCUUUUUGACCUAAGCCGGACAGUGCUGAGGCAACAUGGAGGAAUGACCAGGGACAACAUCUCUGGCCUGUCGGGUGACGGGACUGACUACGGUCUGAUCAUCGACGGGGCCACCCUGUCCGCAGUACUGAAGCCCGGGCAGGAGGACUCAAACUCAGGGAACUACAAAGAGAUUUUCCUGGAGAUCUGCCGCAACUGCAGCGCUGUGCUCUGCUGCCGCAUGGCUCCGCUCCAGAAAGCACAGAUUGUGAAGCUGAUCAAAGCGUCCAAAGAGCACCCGAUAACACUGGCCAUCGGAGACGGCGCCAACGACGUCAGCAUGAUCCUGGAGGCCCAUGUUGGCAUUGGGAUCAUGGGUAAAGAGGGCCGUCAGGCAGCCAGAAACAGUGACUAUGCCAUCCCAAAGUUCAAACACCUGAAGAAGAUGCUGCUGGUCCAUGGACACUACUACUACAUACGCAUCUCCGAGCUUGUACAGUACUUUUUCUACAAGAAUGUCUGUUUCAUCUUCCCUCAGUUCCUCUACCAGUUCUUCUGUGGCUUUUCACAACAGCCGCUGUACGAUACAGCCUACUUGACUUUGUACAACAUCAGCUUCACCUCCCUGCCCAUCCUGCUGUACAGCCUCAUAGAGCAGCACAUCAACAUGGACAUCCUGAAAAAGGACCCCUCCCUCUACAGGGAUAUCGCAAAGAACUGCCUGCUGCGCUGGCCUAUAUUCAUAUACUGGACUGUCCUGGGCGUGUACGAUGCCAUCGUGAUGUUCUUUGGUGCUUACUUCUUGUUCGACAACACGACCUUCACCAGCAAUGGACAGAUGUUUGGAAACUGGACAUUCGGCACACUGGUCUUCACCGUGCUCGUCUUCACCGUUACAUUCAAGUUGGCUCUGGACACACACUACUGGACGUGGAUCAACCAUUUCAUCAUCUGGGGCUCGCUGAUUUUCUUUGUCGUCUUCUCUUUGCUGUGGGGGGGCAUCAUUUGGCCUUUCCUGAACUACCAGAGGAUGUACUAUGUAUUCAUGCAGAUGUUGUCCAGCGGUCCGGCCUGGCUCAGCAUCAUACUGCUGAUAACGGCCAGCCUGGUACCAGAUGUGGUAAAGAAGGUGGUCUGUAGGGCACUGUGGCCCACUACCACCGAACAGAUACAGAAUGCUGACAAGCUCUAUAAUGGCCAGCUGUCUGAGUUCACCCCGCUGGCGGCCCUCCAUGCUCCCCCCAGCCAAGGCGGCCGGCGCCGAGAUUCGGCGUCCCAGCGGAACCCCCCGAACCCCCGCAGGUCUGAACCACUCACCAAGAAAACCAUGUUCACGCGCUGGCGAAACACACCAGACUACUGCACCUUUGCCCCCCUCCUCCGAUUUGCCGACGGCUCCCGCCACUCAAAGCAGGGCCACGCCUACGGCGGAGCAGGGCCAGAGACCUCCGUCUAGUAUUUUUGGGGCUGUUACCUAAUUUUUCCGGUUAUGUUUCUUUCAGCUUUUUUUUUUCC